CAGUCUCGGGCAGCCGGGUCGCGGCCUGAGCCGACAUUGACAGGUCUUCGCGAUUCGGCCCGACACGCCCCCUCUCGCGACAUCAUGGUGGCGUAUUGGCGACAGGCUGGACUCAGCUACAUCCGAUACUCCCAGAUCUGUGCAAAAGCAGUCAGAGAUGCACUGAAGACCGAAUUCAAAGCAAACGCCAUGAAGACUUCUGGCAGCAGCGUAAAAAUUGUGAAAGUGAAAAAGGAAUAAUCUACCCUGAGUUCAGCCUGAAUGCUGCAUGUUCAAGGUGAAGCUGUGAGCACGUAUUAUAGCAGAUUGGAAACCAUCUCCCUUCAUG